GCCGGGGCCGGCUUGCAGUUUUUGGCGCCAGGGCAGAGCACCGCGAAGGGCAAAAAGAAGAAGGACAAGAAGGGCGACAAGGAGGACGAGCCCGACCUCCAGCGCCUCUUGCUGAAGACGCUUGCCGAGGGCGGCGACACCGACAAGGCCGUGGUCACUCUUCAGAACCUUCAUCGCCAGAUCCAUCGGAAGCCUCUUCGGGUUUGUCAGUUGUUCGAGAAGGAGGUCGUGGAGGAGCUGGGCAUCGUGGCCGGCCAGGCCUGGACCUUGAAGGAUUUUGUCCGCAAGCAGAAUUGGGGCCGCUACAAGGGAUUGCAAAGGUGCGCUGUCAUGGACGUGGCGGCUUACGAGCUGAUCCGAGCGGGAAAGCACGACAUCGCGGCGGCGCAACUUGUGCAGAACCUCAAGGCCAAGAUCCAGGCGGUGCUCCAGAACGGCGACUGGGGCACUGCUUGGUUGCUAACGGGUCUCCCAGACCCCUUGACCCGGAAAGAAUGGGCCGGCUCGAAGCAGGAGAUGGCGGUCGUGACGGGUUACAUCGAGGCCUUGGCAAAGCUAAAGAAAAAGGUUUCCCAGAGUGGUGCGGCGGCCGACGGCGAGGACGAGGACACGCAUCCUGCUCUUUUCAGUGAUGAUGGUAAUUCACGUUUUCUUCAGUAUGUGCAGUGGUUCGAAGGCGUCCAAGGUACUUUGCUGGAACGGUCCGGCAGUGAAAUUCCUUUAUUUCCGUGUGCCCUUCCUUAUCCAGAGAUCCUUGAUUGGGAGAUUUUGACGGGGGAGGCCGAGGCGCAACUUUGGUGGGCUAAGUCAUUCGUGAACACGUUCGUGGCUUGGUCAAACUUCGUGGUGCUCGGCAACCCGCGGCUGGAGGGAGGUGCAUGCGAGCCGCGAGUAGGCUAUCGCAGCAUGCAAGAUGCUCGGCUCUUUUGUGAUAGGCUGCUUGGCGAGGUGCAAGAAUUUGCUUGUCAUGAAGUCGUUUUGGGGAGUUUAGAGUGUGGUGGCAAAAGGGCCAUCAUUGAAGACCUUCUCCAGAAUGUCGUGACGGCAGCUGGUGCAUGCUACGGUGCUCCAGCCCAGGCUGGAACUUCGGCUACCACGGCGUUGCCUGUUGUGGCGGCUCGCGUGGCCGUGCCAGAGGAGGCGGCUGUGCUGGCCAAUUUGCCGGAGCUUAGGCUCCCAGAGGACCAGUGGGAUGAGAUAGCCGUCGCUUGCCACCAGGUGGCAGAGAGCGAGGAGAAGAACGUGGCGGCAAAGCUUUUGGCGACCGGCAUGGCGGUGCUUGUCCCAGAGAGUGAGCUGCCGCGCCGAGAAGAUGGUAGAUUGCUGACGGGCGGUUUGUUCGGGGUCUCUAAGAACUCCUCCGAGGACCGGCUCAUUUAUGAUCGUCGACCUGAGAACUCCACGAUGCCUAGGCUGGACUGGGCGGCAUUGCCGAGUGGGGCUUGCUACACACGGAUGCUGCUGCAGCCGGACGAGUACUUGAGAGGGUCGGGGGAUGAUCUUCGGAAUUAUUACUAUGCCUUAAAGCUCCCCGAGAAUUGGGUCAAGUUCAACUCCGUCGGCAGGCGUGUGGAUAGGGCUUUGGUCGCAGCUCACGGCGGCGAUCCCAGCAAACCUUAUCGACUCUGUUUCAGGGUGUUGGGCAUGGGUGACACCAAUGGUUGCGCAAUCGCCCAGGCUACGCACGAAUCGGUGCUGAAGUCCGAGGGCCUGCUUGCUCCCGAGGUGACGCUUAAGUAUGGGGAUCCGGUUCCUAAGAGUGAUUUGUGGGAGGGCGUGUACUUAGAUGACUUGCUGAUCACCCUCCGCAAGAAGAUUGAGGGGGCAGUGCCUUUGGACGGGACGUUCGUGCCACCUGCUCCUCAGGAGGACGACCCAGAUGUUCGGCAAGUCCGCGGCGCAGAGGCUGCUUACGACAAGGCGGGGCUUCAGCGCGCGAUCCACAAGUCCUUUCGCAUGCUGUGCCAAUUCCGGGCCUGGGGCGCGGAGGUUGACGGCGUGGCGGGCAAGGUCGGGGCCCCAUUGCAAGUGCGUCGUGAAGUGUGGAAACUGAUCGCCAUCGUCGUUCGGCUAGGUUGGGCUACCAAGAACGUGCUGGAGAAGAUCAAUGGGUUCAUCUGCUUCAUUUUCCAGUAUAGGAGGGAGAUGUUCAGCUUGCAGCACCACAUCUAUAAGUAUGUAGCCGGUUUGCCGCAGGACCGAUGGUGUCGACUACCAGACCAUAUCCGCGACGAGCUCAGGAGUGUGGCUUUGCAUCUUCCGUGGGCUACCUGGAACAUGCGGCGGCAGCUUAGCUGCUCACUCUUAGCCACUGAUGCCACGCCGACUUCAGGCGGUGCGGUUCGCGCCAACAUCACUCCGAGGUUGGCUCAGGAGUUGUGGGUCCGCUCGGAAAUUCGGGGUGAGGCUGUGCGUUUGGAUCGCAGCGAGGUCUCCUAUGCCUUGGAGCCCGAGCCAUCCGAGGCCUCGCGCUUUGUUAGCUCACUGGCCGAAUGCUUGGAUUGGAGAGUUACGGCCCAGUACUCUUUCCGCAGCUCCUCCCACAUCAAUCUUCAGGAGCUGAGAGCUCUACGUCGAGAAGUUGUGAAGCUGGCUUCCGAUUUUGAGGCGGGUGGCCAAGUUCAGCUGGCUUUCAAUGAUUCGCGGGUUGCGAUUGGGGCGGCCUCAAAGGGCCGAUCGUCGUCCUACAAGGUCAACGGUUUGCUUCGGGGCCAGUUGCCUUUCCUGGUGAUGGGAAACAUUGCUUUAGCCUUGCUGUGGAUUGAAACAGAGAGCAACUUGGCAGAUU